AUGGGAAAAGAAAAGAUAACUAGAAAGAUUGCACCAAGACAUGACCCAUUGGGAAAACAGAUUGUCGAUUCACAGAAUGCUCACAAGGUGUCAAGAGAGAGGACAGGAAAGGGUAUGCUCAAGAAAAAGAGAAACGAUAUCAAUGAUGAAUACGUAGACGAGACAGAGUCCGUCAUACCAAAACAGUUGUCAAAGAAAAUCAUGUCAGCAAUAAGAGAGCAACAGCAAGAGAUCAACGAUGAGGAGAUUGAAGAGUCUAUUCUAGCAAAGGUCGCAGCCAACAGCAGCAGGGGCAGCACAACAACACAGGGUGAGCGUGAGCGUCAACAAUCACGUCUGCUCUCAUUCCAAGACGAUUUGGAGGAAGAGGAGGAUCCAUCCAUUUACCGUGACGACGAAGGCGACAACGAAGAUAACUUUGAUGACUUUGGAAAUGAUGACAACGAGCGUGACUUUGACGAGGAGAUCAUCGAAGAGAUUGACGCUGAGGACGAGAAGAUUCUGUCCAUGUUUAUGAAUGGACAUGGUGGUGUUGGCACCAAAGGUGGCAUCCGUUUCACACUGGGUGAACUCAUUGAGAGCAAGCUGAAGGAACAAGAGGCUAAGACUGUCGAUCCCAAGAACCAACUCGAUCCAAAGGUGGUGGAUGUCUUCACAAAGGUUGGUCUUUUGCUGCAUUCGUACACGGCAGGAAAGAUCCCUCGUGCAUUCCGUAUCCUUCCAAACUUUGCCAACUGGGAGGACUUGCUCUACCUAACACGUCCAGACAAGUGGUCUCCAAAUGCUACAUUCGUUGCCACCAAGUUGUUCUGUAUGGGAACAAAUGCCAAACUAACCCAAAGAUUCCUCUCUAUUGUGUUACUUCCAAAGAUAAGGGAUGAUAUUGCCGAUCAUAAGAAGCUCAACUUCCACUAUUACAUGGCGUUGAAGAAAUCACUCUAUAGACCACAGGCCUUCUACAAGGCCAUUCUGUUGCCAUUGGCCGAGGGUGGCGACUGCACACUGCUCGAGGCAAAGAUCGUGGCAAGCGUUGUGGCCAAGGUCUCCAUCCCCGUGUUACAUUCUUCAGUGGCCCUCAUCAAACUUGCGGGACUCACAGAGUACAAUGGAGCCACCAGCAUCUUUAUCAGGACACUUAUAGACAAGAAGUAUUCUCUGCCCUACCGAGUGAUCGAUGCUUUGGUUCGUCAUUUUGUCUCCUUCAACGAAGAGCGUCGUCAAUUGCCCGUUUUAUGGCACCAUUCCCUGUUGGUCUUUGUGCAACGUUUCAAGAAUGACAUCAAGACCGAUCAGAAGGAGGCCAUACGUACUCUGUUGAGACAUCAGACGCAUCACAUCAUCACCAAUGAAAUAAGGAGAGAGAUAUUCCCCAACAACAACAUCAGCAACAACAAAGGAGGAGAUGUAACAAUGUCUGGAUAA